AUGGCUUCAACAAGGGGUCUGGUUCUUGUCACCGGCGCAAAUGGCUUCAUCGGCGCGCGCGUCGUGGAAGCAUUCCUCGCCGCCAACUACUCGGUCCGCGCAGCAUCCGGAGCCAAAACUCAGCCCACGCUUGUCCCUGAUAUUACGAGCCCCGGCGCGUUCGACAAUGCUGUACAUGGUGUGAAGGCCAUUGCACAUCUCGCAACUCCGGUGGAUUUUUCAAAUACCAAUGUCGACUACGUCAUCGGGUCCGCUGUCCAGGGCACAGUCGGAAUCCUGCAAUCUGCCAUGAAAGAGCCCAGCGUCGAGUCGUUUGUCUACAUGUCUUCCAUCGUGGCUGUCAGAGGACGUGGGUCUCAGUGGGAGGGACGAGGAGUGACCGAAAAGGACUGGAACACAGAGGCCGAAGAGACGCUCGCAAAGUCGGGUUCCAACGUCACCGGCCAUCAAAUCUACGGGGUUAGUAAGGUCAAGGCAGAGCGUGCAUUCUGGGAUUUCCGUGAGAAGAACGCUGGCAAGAUCAAGUUCAGCAUGACUGCGGUGAAUCCUGUAUGGGUUGCUGGCCCACCACUGAUUAUGCCCGAGGACCCCGAGAAGCUGAGCGAUACUGCCAUCAUUGCAUAUCGCAUCAUGAAUAGCGAGGAUGUUCCUCCAGUAGGACCCGGCAAUGGGACGCACGUGGACGUCCGUGAUGUCGCGAGAAUGAUUCUCUUUGCCGUGCAGAAUAAACAAGUGGCAGACGGAGAACGGUUCAUCGCUGGUGGAAAUGGUAACUUCGCCAACGUACAGGCUUAUCGGGAUCUCUUGCGCAAACACUACCCUGGAAGGAGUGAUAUCAUCGGGGAGGGCGAGCCGGGGAAGGGCUAUUUACCAGAUUAUUCUGAGCCUGCUGAUGCGAGAAGGGUCGACGCAAGCAAGGCUGCCAAGGCAACUGGCCAAGGAUGGAUCCCAUUCGACAAGACAAUUUUAGAUGCGGCAAAGGCAUACGAGAGAUACUUCUAG